UUAAAAAAACAAACAGUAAACUACAUGGCUACAUUUUGGGACAGUAUGCGUAAAAAGCCAAAGUCAGUAAGAAGGUUGUGAGACAUGUUUUCUGAUGGUCUUAGGCUACCACUGUGAAAGGGUCGUUCCACCUCCAAACCCACAGGCUGAGAACCACUGCUCUAAGGAUAGCGCACUUACAGGCAUAACCUGAUUUUCUUAUAGUCUGAAUCCUAUGGCCAAUAAUGUUUUCUGCUCUUUCCCACUCUAGUUGAAUGAUGAUAUAAGGUAAGACUUUUUUUUUGUUUACUCUUGUUUUAUGCUCUUUAUUUCAUUGCACUCUCAAAUUUUAGGGCACAUUAGGCAAUAUUGUCUAGGUAUGGGGUUUCUCAUAGAUUAGCGCUGCAGGUCAGGUAUUCCUCAGUGAUCAGGCUUUGAUCAACCAGGAUGGAAACAUGUAUGACUUGUGAAAAAUGCACCAGCCUGUGAAAGCGCUUAUAAGUUGGAUUUUGUUCUCUUUCCCCCGAAAAUUUCUGCAACCUACUGAUUAUCUUCUUUGUGGCAUUUCCCUUUUAAGCUACCCUUCUAGCUAAAUGAUUUCUGACCCUUCCUUUCCAUCGAUCUCCCAGAGCUACUGGAACUGGGAUGCUUGGAGUAGAUAAAGUUCUGGGUAGCCUUUACUUAACACUACAAAGCUCCCCUCUUCAGUACCCACGCUGCCAAUGGUUUCGCUUUUUUGCAUGGUGACAUCGUGAACUCCAAUGGGUCCCAGAUUGCUUAGAUAAUAUGAUGGUCAUUCUAGUCCAAGGCCUCAGUUACCCUUUGUCAUGCUGCCACUUCAGUGCAAGAACUGCUAAUACUGUUAUUUUGCUUUACUCCCUUUUUAUAAUCCAAACUCCAGUUCUUUUUCCUAAUUUAGCCCCAAUAGGAGUGACUCAAAGUUUGCAUCUACUGGACCUGAAUUGCGAACAGUUGGUGAAAAGGUUGACACUGGGAAGAUUAUUCACAUUCACUCUGUCAUCAUCUUGCGACGUUCUGAUAAAAGGAAGGACCGAGUGGAGAUCUCUCCAGAGCAGUUGUCUGCGGCUUCCACAGAGGCAGAGAUUGGCCGAGCUCACAGGUCGCCCCAUGAGAGUCGUGGGCUGGUACCAUUCCCAUCCACAUAUCACUGUUUGGCCUUCUCAUGUGGAUGUUCGCACACAAGCCAUGUACCAGAUGAUGGACCAAAGCUUUGUAGGACUGAUUUUUUCCUGUUUCAUUGAAGAUAAAAACACCAAGACUGGCCGGGUGCUCUACACUUGCUUCCAAUCUGUACAGGCCCAGAAGAGCUCCGAGUAUGAGAGAAUUGAAAUCCCAAUCCAUAUUGUGCCUCGUGUCACCAUUGGGAAAGUGUGCCUUGAAUCAGCAGUAGAGUUACCCAAGAUCCUGUGCCAGGAGGAGCAGGAUGCAUACAGGAGGAUCCACAGCCUUACUCAUCUGGACUCAGUAACCAAGAUCCAUAAUGGUUCCGUAUUUACCAAGAACCUGUGCAGUCAGAUGUCAGCAGUCAGCGGGCCUCUCCUGCAGUGGUUGGAGGACAGACUGGAGCAAAACCAACAGCAUUUGCAGGAGUUGCAACAAGAAAAAGAAGAGCUUAUGCGAGAGCUUUCUUCCCUGGAAUAAGCCGGAGAUGAGCUGGGGAAAGGCAAAAUACCCAGAUGUAAAAUGAAUCAUACUAAAUCCAUUGUGAAGACGUAGAAAAUUGGAGGACUCACAGAAAGCUGAUUUCAAGACUCACCACAUAAGGCCACAAUAAUGAAGACAAUUGGCGGAGGAUGGACACACAGAAACAGACCUAUACAAAUAGCCCCAAGUAAUUUUGACAAAGGUGCAAAAGCAAUCAAACAGAGGAAAGGAUAGCCUUGUUCACAAGUGGGCACCCAUCCGCCCUUUAAGGAUAUGAAUUUCAACCUAAACCACCUCAUUUUUAAAAAAAGUGACUCAAAAUGAACUGUGAACGUAAAUGCAAGAUAUCAAAACAUUUAGAUCUAGGGCAAGCAAUCAAUUCUUACAUUUUCCCGUAAAAGCUUGAACCUCAAAAGUAAAGCAUUGACAUAUUGGAUUCCGUCCAAAUUAAAAAUUUUUGCUCUGUAAAGAACGAAAGAAAAGGAAAAGACAGGCUACAAAUUGAGGGAACUUAUAUAUAAACCUUUGAUAUAUCUGACCAAUCUAGAAAAUACAAAGAAUGAUUAAAACUCCAAAGUAAAAAAAGUCAGGAACUGGGGAGAAGACAUGAAUAGAUAUUUCAAUGAAGAAGAUUUGUGAGUGGGAGUAAACAUGGAAAAAUGUUGGAUACCAUUAGUUGACAGGGAAAUAGAAAAUUAAUAUCACAUUGUGUUGUCAUUACACAUCUAUCAGAAUGGCUAAAGGGAAAAAAAUAGUGAUAAAACCAAAUACGGUUGAAUUUUGAACAGAAAAACUGGACCUUUGAAAACAAUAUAUCUCAUCUAGCUAAUGGGAAAUUAAAACAGUACAACCACUCAAGAAAAGAAUUUGGAAAUGUCUUUUAAAGUUAAACAUCCACUUAACAUGUGACCAGUCAUUAUGCUCCUUCACAUUUAUCUCAGAGCAAGGAAAGCUGUGUCCAACUGUUUCUAACUGCUUUCUUUGCAGUAGCCCACAAGUGGAAAUAGCCCUUUCAGGAAUGAAGAACGGAUGAGUGGGAGCUAGAGACGAGAACUGGUAUAAAAGGGAGUUGAACGGCUCUGUUUCUUGAUGUAAUUACACAAAUCUAUACCUGUGUUAAAAUUGAAUAGACUAACAUGGACAUGCACACACCUAUGGAUGCAUGUAAAAUAUGGUGAAACUGAAUACGUUCUAUAGUCUCGUUAAUAGUUACUGUACCGUUGUCAGUUUUUCAUUUUGAAGUUGUCCUGUUAUUAUGCAAGAUCUUUCCUCUUGGGAAAGCUAGGUAAAGAGUACAUGGCAAUCUUUGUACUAUCUUUGCAAUUUCCUGUACAUCUAUAAUUGCAAAAUAAAAAGUUACAAGCAUUAAUCAAGAAACUAGGAAUUUUGAUACUUAUUUUAUAAAAUAAGAGGGUAAUAAAAAAUGCAAGGAAUAAAAUGGUUUGACUCUUUUUACAAA